AAAGCUUUACUCAUAGAAAGAGAAGUGCUUGAACACGCUAGACGGCCAGAAUUGAGGUGCUCCUCUUGUUGACAGAACUUUGUUCUGUAAGAGACCAAAUAAAGCCCUGUCUUCGACCAAUACAGCCGUGUGGUGGCACUUGAAAGAGCUCGGCUUCAGGCUGUGUGAAAGUGAACCUCUCUACAUACAACCUUUCUGGCGGGAACUCAAGCUGAUCAACAGAUUGCCGUCAUGUCCAUUCGUGACUGAGGGAGGGAAGCCUGCCGCAAACUACCUGAUCUAGUCCUACCUGUGGAUCCGUAACCACGGAGGCCUCCAUCAUUCGGCCCAGCAGUGCCUGUCCGUGCCAGCUGUGCAGCAGCAGCGGCCAGUCCCAGUCCCUCGCCAGCCCUGCCAACGCUGCCACCCUGGCCACGCUAGAGAGAGAGUAUGCUGUCUACCACCCGUUUGGGGCACCUACUUCGGGUGCUUCUAUGGGCCAUGGACUUGAAGUUUCUGAAAUGAAAAUGGCUGGAGGUCUGUCCCAUCAUUCACCCGGCCAUACGCUUUCGAUGAUCAGUUGUGCAACCACGACCUCUCAUCAGGGUCAUCAUGUUUCAACAUCGGGAGCAUCAGAUAGUAGUGAUAUGGGUAACAAUUCAACAUCUGGAAGUAACAACAAGAAAGAUGUUGACCGGGUCAAGCGACCGAUGAACGCCUUCAUGGUUUGGUCACGUGGUCAACGUAGAAAGAUGGCUCAAGAAAACCCCAAAAUGCACAAUUCUGAAAUCAGCAAAAGAUUAGGCGCCGAAUGGAAGCUACUAUCAGAAGCCGAAAAACGACCUUUUAUCGAUGAAGCUAAGCGUUUGCGGGCCUUGCACAUGAAAGAUCAUCCCGACUACAAGUAUCGGCCUCGCAGGAAGACUAAAAACAUAAUGAAAAAAGAGAAGUACCCCUUGGCGAGUGGGCUGCUACCGACAGACGUCCGAAACCAAGCAGUAGCGGUGCAACAGGUUAACCGUGAGAUGUACCAAAUGAACGGCUACAUGCCCAACGGUUACCCCACUAUGAUGCACGAAGCCUACCAGCACCAUGCGGCAGCAGCCGGAUACGGAACCCAGAUGGCAGCCAGUGGUGGACUUUAUCCACGGUACGAUAUGACUCAGAUGCCCAACCCCAUGACAACAGGGGCUAACAUGUCCAUGCCGUAUAUGAACGGUAAUUCUGGUUACUCUUUGCCCAUGUCGUCCUAUUCACCCAUGCAGAGCACUAGUCCCAUGUCGGUCUCAGGCCCCAUCAAGACGGAACACAGUCCCAGCCCAGGUCCUGGACCCCAUACCCCACCUUCGGCCAUGACUGCAUCCGCCGUAGCAGCAGCGACCGGGAGACGACCCGGGUGUGCCCCCGACCUCCGUGACAUGAUCAGCAUGUAUCUACCGGGUGAUGCCAGCGACCCCAAUGUCCAGAGACUUCAAAUGCAAAGUCAUUAUCCGCAUCACAGUGACGGCGUGGGACCGGGAAGUAUGCCUUUAACGCAUAUGUAGUGUUCGUGUCUAUCUAAAGAAUAAUUGGAUUGAAGACAAUCCCCUGAGAACUACGUGUCGUCCUUUAUAGUGACAGAUACUGAAAUAAAAAAUAAAAUAAAUUCGGGUCACUUCAGUGAUAGUGACAAACAUUUAUUUCGCGGAUGAAGCGAGACUUGUAGCCCUCUCCUCACGAGCGUACGAUAUUCUGCACGUAAGUAAACUAUGCGAUGAAACGGACGAAUGUUGAAAUUGAGAAAUUUCCAAACGGUUUAAAAUACGUGUGAAUGUAAAUAUUAACAAAGCACACCUAGACAGCUUACUUUGUUAACGACGUCACAAACCGAUAUCUAUGUAUAUAAAUAUUGGUUUUGUUUAUGGAAAAAGUGAAUCUUGUAUAGUUCUCUCUCUAUAUAUAUAUUAUAUAUAUAGUUGUCAGUAUGAGGAGGGUUUGUUUGCUGUGUAGGUAACUAUACAGUGGGUAUGUAAUGUAGUGUUGUAAGGUACCGAAUGUAUUAUCGCUAUUGUUAUGUGUUGUACACAUUUGGGUGGCCUCUUAUACAUCGUGUAGAUAUUUAUUCUACUUUAACUUCUUCUCUUUUUUUUUUUCCAUUUUUAAUCACGAAGUCAUCACGUAAUGCGUGUGUUUUAUCAUCCAAGCUACUGAUAUUCUACAAAAACAAAACGGUAUCUUUAAGAUUAGGUUUAGUGCAAUGUAUACGUACAGGUUAGAGUAAUGUGAAGCUGUUAGAUCAAUUCCCAGAUUGCACGAGUCAAAGCCAAGUGUUUAACAGUUCAACGAGGAACCAUGUAUUCAUUGCAAUUAUAAAGGUUAUAUAAUGCAUUUCUCAGCUUAAACUUUCUAUUUAAACAGUUUAAUUGUGUGUGUAUAUAUAUAUAUACUAGAAAGGUAUCAGCUUACGAUAUAUCGUGUAUCACACAUACGGGAUAUUGUAUAAAAAAUUGGUGUCAAUUGCGAUAGAUAUACCAUCUCGCAAACGUUCUCUCUCACCAACAAAUUUGCCAACUAUGUACAGGUACAACAGCGUAUUUAAAGCUGAUUUACAUAUCUAUUUAGGUGGCGUGUAGCUAUGCUACAGUUUCGUGACAAUGCUGGAAGAAUUGGACUUUGAUAUUCAGUGAUUAAUAAUGCUAUAGAUAUGCAGUUCUGUACUAGUGCAAAACGUGUAAAAAAGCAAUACUGUCACUAAUUCUGAACUGUGACUAGGGAGAAGGCAACUGAUGGUAGUACCCAUCACCAACUCUAGAACCACCUUUUUUAAUUUGCUUGUAUGGAUUAAUGGUUAUCACAGUCUGUGGAACUGAGUACUAAUGGAUUAAUGACUUGUCUAUAACACUCAGCUUGAACAUUGCAUGUCAUCAGAAUCUAGAUACGAAGAGCUACUUGGCACACUCGCUCUAUCUUCCGUAUAUAUAUGCCGCUUUUCAGUUAUCCAGAGCGUCCCAAAGUCGAAAACUGGAUGUCAGUGGCCUACCUGAGAAGAGCUUCAAGGGGCCAGGGGUGUGGGAGGCUUUCUGUCCCAUUGCUGGGGUUUAAAGGAACUGAAAACAAAACUUCUAUCUGAAAAGCUCACGUGUGCACAAAGUUCAACUACGAAAGAGGAGAUAUUCGUCAGGCAACAGUGUCGAAAUUUAACAACGAAGAGAUGUUAAAAAAAAUCUGAUUCAAAAUAUUAGUAACUACUUAAUAACUACUUUAUUAUUGUAUUUUAUUAAAAUGUAAUAAAUGUUUCAUUAUGGUGGUAUUUAGUGUUCGUUGUUGAUGUUAAUGAUAAUGCUGAAAUUAGAUUAUACUACAAAGCUAUCCUGAUAAUGCAGUAUUUGCAGUAAUAUUGCAGUAAUUUUACUUUGAAAAUGUGGAACACUAAAGAAAUUUUACAAUAAAGGUGCAUUAAAUAUACUAGAUAACUAUAGUAACUUCCUUGUAGUAAAGUGACAAAAGUACUACAUUAAUGCUGCAGUAAUUCCACUAUGAAAGUAUACUAAUAUUUUACUGUAAAAGUGCAACAAGUUUGCAACAAAACUAAAGUAACUUCCUUGUAAAAUGUUAAAAAAUACUGCAAAAAAUGUUUUAGCUUAUUAUAGUAAAUUUUACUGUAAUAAUACUAUAUAGGACAUUUUCACUAGGGUCAUUAAAAGAAGUUACAUGGUGGUGAUUAUUAUAAUUUAAAAUUCCUAAAAAGGAAGUUACAUGAUGAUUAGUUUUAUGGUUUAAAACUCAUUUAAAAGCAAGUUACAUGAUGCUAAUCUUAUAGAUUAAAACUCACCGAAAGAAAAGCAACGUGGUGAUUAUUUUUAUGGUUCAAUGUCACUUGGAUAUUCCCUAAACACAAAGUAAAAAUUAAAUUUACUUCUAGAAUUCCUUUCUACUCAUAUCAUCCUCACAAAUUUACGUGAUCAGUAAGCCUGCUUUACGGUUCACGUGUGAAUCUUACGGUGGGCUUAAUAAAGGAAAAUUAGGUAGCGAUACCAUUCGCGAUAAAAAAGAUGAUACUAUAGCUCUUUAAAUAUUUGAGUACCAACUAACCUCUGCUAUUCGUGGUCUGAGAAACGUACACGUGAUUAACGUCCGGGUCGUGUUUUACGUCACCUUAUCGAGUGUGUAUCUUCAGUCUUAAGUUUCUGUUAGCUUUUCCGUUACUUUUUUACUACAGGAGUCCAUUACCAAAAUUCUCCGUUUAUUUCAAGGGUUAUGUCUAUGUGUUUGUAUACGUUUGUGCAUAUAUAAAUAAACUAAUAACCAUGCAGA